UUUAUUUUCGAGGUGUGGAGUGUGGACAGUGGUGUUUCUGAUUAUAUUUUUCUCAUCAUAUUUUAACGGAAUCGCGAAUCCGAAGUUGCCUUGGCGCUUCUCUCAUUCGCUCUACACGAAUAUUCUGUGCGUAUUAUCACCAUUGUUUUUUCCGCCUUCCAUCGUACCGUUAAUUGCACUGCUAUCGCCGCCGGUAUUUUGUGAUAAUCGACAUCCGUGUGCUUGCUCGUGCUAAUCAAAACAAAACAACACUCGAAGUCGAAGCUGUACUUUGUGCCAAGCGAUAAGUUAUCGGUAUCGAAUUGGUUUUCACUGUUGUUACCAGUGCGGUGUGUCGUGUUGUGAAUUGCUUGAUUGUCCAACCAGUCCCAUUUUGUAAUAUAUUCAACAUCAUGUUCAAUUCAAAUAUAACUGCUCGAGAUGGAGGAUCAUCUCCGGUGUUACAGUUACAGCUUCCUAGUCCGAUCAUCACCAGAAGAACGAGAACUUUGUCCACUUCAGCAAAAGCUAUGAGUAAUCCGGAAGAAACUGGCAAAGUGAAGUACUUCUGCAGAGCUCGUGGUCACGGAUUUAUAACACCAGAAAACGGAGGCGACGACUUAUUCGUACAUAUUUCCGAUAUCGAAGAUGAAUACGUUCCUUUGCCCGGAGACGAAGUGAAAUACAGGUUAUGCCCUAUACCGCCGAAAUUUGAAAAGAAUCAAGCAGUUCACGUUAAGAUAGUCAACCUAACGCCUCAAGUACACCUCAAAUGGUCGUGCCCCGAUCCCGAGGCAUCCGCUUCGCCGAGUAAAUAAUCUUGUUACCUACGUUCACCCGAAAAAAACUGCGAUAAACGUACAAAUUUUAUACGAAAACCGUUUUACUUGAUUUUUAUGUACCGUGUACAAUAUUGGUACUUAGGUAGGCCUAUUACGUUCGUUCCCUCGUUUUACGUUGAUAUAUAAGUGAGUUUUUGAAAUGAAAAUCAACAAUAAUACCGAUUACCCAUAAUACCUACCGUCGUCGUAUCUCUUAUGUAGCUCCACUGCUCGCAAUGAGCAACGUUUCCGGUUCAUCGUGUUACUGCGAAUUUUCCAUUUAUUCUAGCCUACUACGUUGAAAAUUGAAAUCAUACUCGUUUUUGGUUUUACCAUCCUCUAUGUAUACUAGUACAGUACCUAAUGUGUAAGAUUGUGUUUUCUGCCAUUGUUUAUUUUUUGCAUUACUCUACAGAAAAUGCCAAUAUACUUUAUUUUAGAUUGGC